UGCUAGCGUGCCUGUGCGAAAACAGCAUCAAUUUCCUCGCUGAGCUCGACUAGUUUCCCUCCGCGAUUUAGCUUUUCAAGAGACCCAUCUCCGACUUUGAGCCAGAAAUCUCCUGCACGAUAUUCCCGGGAAGCAGCGGGAAGCAGCAGGAACCAUUUUCGGAUUUUCGUUCUACCUCUAAGCUGGUAGUUCAUGUAUAUGGACUCGCUUCCCGCCAUGCGCAGGCGUCUUUCGGGGCUUUCACCAGUCUGGUCAUUUGUGUUCCCCUUAUUGUUGUUGCCAUGAAGUUCGGCCACGCAUUCCAGGAGGCCCUUGCUGCCGACAGCUACCCACAGCACUGGGUAGAGAAGGCCGUUCCUUACCGUCAACUGAAGAAGAUCCUGGGGAAGGUCCGGGAAGAGCUAAUAACAAACGGCUACGCCCCCGAUACGCUUCAACAGCUCCUGACCGAGCAUAAUGCCGAAUACCGACUCGAGACCGACGCAUUUCACCUGCUGCGGCCGAAGCUGGUUGUUCGCCCGAGCCUCUCGGGGGAACAGGUUCCCAAAACCAAAUCCUUAAGCGAGGUGACUUCGACAACGCUAAGUGACUAUGCCGACUGCCACUCAUCCGAACUGGACGUUUCCCAAAAUGGGGCGAGCGUCGGCGGCGGCGGCGGCGACGACGAUGACGGUUGGGUUGAAAUCCCUCUGAGCUCUGACGCCCGAUUUUUUGGCCUCCUACAGGCCGAUCUCACCGAGCUCGACACACUCCAGGCGAAAGAGCGACAGUUGAUGAACGAUAAAAUCAGCAUUUUGGGAAAUGAGAUUGCCGAAGUAGCAAAGCCACGCAAGGGACUCGCGAAGUUCUCCAAAUCAGACCUGUACCGCUGGCGCGAGAUCUUCGAGCUCUACCUGGCUGCGCAGGUCUUCUUCUCGACGAGCGAAGCUGCGAGUGGGCUGCGCAAGAGCGAGAAAGCACGGCAGCAGCUUGUAUGGUUCCAAGAAGAGGUCAAGAAACGUCAGCUUCUGCAGAAGUUCAAGAUCGAGUCGAGCGCUACUGCGUAUGCCCAUUUCUUGGCCCUGAACGCAACGCUGCUGCAGAACUUACAGUUCCAGGAGUUGAACCAGACGGCAAUUACAAAGAUCAUCAAGAAAUUUGACAAGCGGACUUCUUUGGGAGUGAAGAGGACGUUUCCCAAAAUGAUGUACCCUGCUCAGUUCAUAUCUGAGGCAAUCUCCAAGGACGUGUGCGCCCAGCUAGCUCGCGAAGUAGUGAACCAAGUUCCACAAGUGGUUGAUUACACGUGCACAAUAUGUCUCUCCAUCUGUUGGCUGCCCAUCCGACUGGAUUGCACGCACUUGUUCUGUAUCCGCUGCAUGAUCAAGAUGCAGAACCAGAAUAAGCGGUAUUGUCCCCUCUGCCGAGCCGACGUGAUUCAGCGCGCAAACGAGACCCACAUUGAUGAACAACUUGUGCGGUAUCUUGAGCGGUGGUUUCCCAAAGAGACCAAGGAGAAGCAAGCAUACAAUGAAUUAGAACGACGCAGAGAAUUACUGGGUGACGUCUACGUGGGCGAGGAGCCACCCCAAUGUGUGGUGAUGUGAGCGUCGUGACUGUUGGUGUGGAAAGAGGUUUUGGGGUGGGGUGGAAGGGGGGUUGCGAUUUGUGACAAGCAGGCG